GGCCACUCUGGCUCGGCCGAGGGCCCCGCCGGGCCGCCGGGCGGGGCGCGCCUCUCCACGCGGGCGGAGGCCGUCGCACGUCUCCCCGACUGGCGUGCAUCUGCGGCAUGGCGGAGGCCCGCUCCUCCGUGGUGGCCCCGCCUGGGUUUUUCGACCCGUUCUCGCCCGCGGAGGCGGCGGCCAAGGAUCCGAGAUGCCAUCGACGCGAUCGUCUCGAGGGGUGGGAAGAUGCUGUACGACGCCAACAUGGAGAGGCGCUCGUACCCGUUCUCGGUCGAGACCACCUCCCAGCAGCUGGUCGCCGAGCUCAGGAUGUGCUACGUGCCGUGCGACCCUGGCGAAGACCGCCUGCAGCCGUGCCGCCGAACGGCGCCCGAGCUGGACGGCGCGGACGCCGACGGUGUGGGCGCGGAGCUCGACGGGUGGGCGCUGGAGCCGGAGCCGGCGCGCAUCCGCAUCGACACGUGGGCGAGGGCGGUGGUCCCGGUCCGGAAGAGGAUCGUCCCGAGGCAGGAGGCCGACCAGCCCAAGACGGGCCGUCGGCAGAACGCCAACCACCUGGGAGUCACCAGCAGCCGGCCCUCCUCCCGGGCGGGGGUGAUGACGGCCACCCGCUCGAUGCCCACCCGCUCGGUGACCGGCUCCGUGGCCCCCUCUCCGGUGAGCGCAGCCGCCACCGACCGGGACGACAAGGGUGCCGGAGGCGAGAGGCGGGAGAGCUCCACGCACCAGCCGAUCCCGCUCGAGUGCGAGCAGGAAGAGGACGAGGAGGAGAUGCGCAUCCGCGAAAUGAAGGAGCGGGAGACGAAGAGGAAGGCGGACGACGAGGUGCGGGUGAAGAAGAAGGUCGCGGAGGACUCCCAGGAGGCGGCCCGCCUGGCGCAGCUUCAGGACCAGAUGAAGAGCAAGCCCUUCACCUACGACAGCAGCGGCAACAUCGUCUGGGUCCAACCAGUGGAGGUCAACAGGCUCCCCAACCAGACCCAGCCCAUGAGCUUCAGCGUCAAGGUGGACAGGCAUCACCAGGAGGCGUCUGCGCCGUCACCGCGCGUGAGGUCGACCAGUCCCCACGCCAGCCCCCGCGCCGCCUCCCUCAAGAAGAGGGGGAAGCCGUCGAAG